AUGCAGCAACUCGAUCUCAAAACAUGGUCUGCAAUGCCAUCGCUGGGAGGAACGCGCAGUCAUACCAAUCUGGUCUAUCGCCAGCCCCAUGCCACUGAAACAGACGAACGUCGUCGACUGGAUGCCGCAUUCUCGUUGCUGUAUCCGUCCACAGUACGGGUGCACAGUUCGCUGUCGAUAUCCGGCCACAUCCACUCGCUGCGAAUCGUUGUGCUCUCGAACGGAGCCCGUUUGUUGCUGAAAGGAUCACCACCAUCCAGCACGGCCUUACUUCGACGGGAACGGUCCUUCCUUGAAACCGAAGCUCAGUUCCUCACGCUGCUCGGCCAAAGCGGAAACCCAUGCAUUCCACAGCUCUAUAAUUACGACCCUCAUGGACGACCGUGGGGAUCUCCCUACCUGAUUCGGCAGUAUAUGAACGGGAAGAGUUUAUCGGAAAUGGAGAGCGGCCUUUCAUUCCAGCAGCGAGAUGGCGUUGAUCGCCACUUGGGCUUCUUGUUGAGCACGAUUGGACAGAACGCAGCUCCGGGGUUCGGAACCCUGCAGCAGGUUGCACGGGGUGCUGGUACGCCCUCUUGGAGAGAUGCCUUCUGUGCUCUGUUUGAGGGUAUCCUCCGUGAUGCCGAAGACACGUUCGUUCAUUUGCCAUACUCCGAAAUUCGGGACGAGCUGAGCCGUCUCGCACCUGCUCUCGAAGGUGUCACCUUGCCACGUUUAGUGGUGGUGGAUUUUGGUCGGCCCUCCCAUAUCCUGUUGAAUGAAGAGUCUAAACAACUCUCAGGCAUCGUGGAUUUUAGCAGUGCCUUGUGGGGUGACAUUUUAAUGGCCGAGAUCUUUGCAAACCCAUCGCAGGCGAUUUUGCAAGGAGCCGGCAUGCCUUUGUCCAGAACAAGGGGGGAAUCGAUCCGGUUGGCGCUAUAUGCUUGCUACCGACUGGUAUCCCAGAUUACCGUUCAAUAUUACCGAUGCCGAGACGAAGCCAGUGAAUUUGAUUCACGGAGACGAUUGACGACCACCAUUGCGGAUAUGUCGCGACUUGGAGUUUAA